AAUCAAUAAUUGAAAAUGUUGAUGAAAAUUCACUAUCAAAUGAAAUUCAAUUACCAAUUAGAAAUGCUAAUAACGAUAGACAUUCAGAGGAGCCUCUUGAUGUAAACACAAUUGAAUCAUUUCAUAAAUAUCAGCAAAAGAUACCAAAAACUUGUAAAAUCUUAAACUUGACUAGAGGAAAUCUCAAUGACUUUGAAAUAAAAGGUACUAGAAAAGAAUCAACAAACUAUUUUGGACUAUUAUCCAGGAAGGACAAGAUGCCAAAUUUAGUUCAAAUGUGCACUGAAGAAGAAUUGAAAAUGACAACAACAUUUCCAUUGUUUUCUGCAAAGAUUGGAUACAAAAUUGACAUGAAAGGAACCUUGAUUAAAACACUAACUAAAUUUGAGAUCAUAUCUGGAGAG